UCACAUGACCUGUGUGCACUUCCUGUUUAUUUCUGAGGAGAACGACCUGCAUACUUACAUACUUUAGUUUGAAUUUACUUUAUGUUUUGCAUCAAACUGAGGGUUUUUAACAUUCAAACAGUGUGUAUUUUUAAGAGGAUAAACAUGGGACUACUUUCUUGUGUUGUUCCGCUGCUGCUGCUGCUGUGUGGAGCGGCUCCUCUGGAAGCGGCGCCCGCUAAAAGCAACUACCUGCAGGGCACAGGAAGGUUCUGGCACAUCACUGACCUCCACCUGGACCCCACCUACCACCUGACCCCGGACCCCACCAAGGUGUGCUUCUCCUCUAAAGGAGUCCCGGCCACCAACCCCGGCAUGUUCGGAGACUUCCUGUGUGACUCGCCCUACCGCCUCAUCCAGUCGGCCUUCGAUCACAUGGCAACGCUCACAAAGCCGGACGACUUCAUCAUAUGGACCGGGUCAGUGUGA